CAAAAACCUUUCGAUUGGAUAGAUGAAGAAAUGAGUUUGCAUUUGAAUUUGUACUUCACGAAAUGGAAACACCUAGAAAUUCAAUUCGUGCCGAAACAUCAAUAAUCAGUGGUAGGAUUAAGGCAAGUCACGUCUGACGAUGCAUAGUCAUUUCUUUUUUUCAACUGGGUUUUUACUGUUGUUCAAAGAAUGGAAAAUAGACAACGAUGGUGCUUUAACUGGUGCAUUUUUUGGUCUUUUUGUAUUCCAAUUUCUCAGUGAAAUUCUUCGGUAUUUUGAAACAAGAUGGUUUCGGCAACGAGAUGUCGUUUCUAGGAAUGGCGAUCGUUCUCUGCCAGAAAAUGUGGAUUAUGGCAGCUGUGAACGGCACAACGAAGUGCCAUCAAUUGCUUCUUCACGAGAAAACACAAUAACCAUCGUAUUCGCUCACAAUGUGUACAUUAAAAACGUAUUUACAACGCUACGUAUGUUCAACAGUUUUAUUAUUCUGCCAUCACUAGUUGCUGCAAACUAUUUUGUCAUGUUGGCGGUCAUGACCUACAAUGUUUGGUUAUUAUUGGCAGUUUGCACAGCAAGUGGUUUGUCUUAUUUUAUUUCACAAACAGAUAUUGAUUUACCACGACGUAAUACUAGCGCAAGCUCUCAAAGAACCAUUGUAUUCAACGAAGACAUCGACUGCUGACGGAGAAAUUAUAAAGUGGAAUAAUUCUUUUUAAAAAACUGUAAAAAUUCAUAUUUCUGUAUGAUUGUAUAAAAUGUUCUUUUAAUUCUUCUCGACGAUGGCUUGAAUGCACCUAAUAAUGGAAAUGAACAUCAGAAUUCGUCAAACAUUUUAACGACAUCAGUUUUGAUGUAAUUAAUGCAAUACGUUAUGACGUAAUUAACACCACGAGUUAUGAUGUAAUACAAAGUAGUGAAUUUAUAGUAAAAAUAUAGAAAUGGACUUAA